AUGGACGGUCAAUUAAAACAAGAAUUGGUUGAUUUAACCAAAGCGGUGUUGGCCACUUUUACAAAGGAAUACACCAAGGCCUACACGAUAGAAUUGGUCAAAAAGGCAUCCAAGGAUUCCCAAAAAGAACCGAAACCAUGGCAAUUAGAGAAACGAAAGGACAAGGACACUUCUGAUCGUUUCACAGGUCACCUUACCAAAGAAGGUGUAGUCAGAAAGAGUUGGAAAAAGAGAUAUUUCAUCGUCAAACAUGAUUACUCUGUUGAAUAUUAUGAAAAUGAAGCUAAAUUAAUUAAACCAAAAGGAGUAAUGAAUUUAGCAGGAUAUAGAGUAGAAACUGAUCCAAAUAGAGGAAUAAUGCAAAGAUUAAAGGUAUUGGCUGAAAAGAUGAAGAUUGAUUUGAGUGCCAUCCCCAAGCCAAAAGAGUAUCCACCUCUGACGAUUGAACUCUACCAUUCGUAUCGUCGUAUCUACUAUUUGACGGCCGACUCGCAAAAAGAGUUUGACGACUGGGUCGAGAUUUUCCAAGGGUGUUGUCGUAACGCUUGGGGCUUUAAGAAUAGAGACAAGGUGCAUGUGGCUGCCUUUGGCGUGGCUGUGCGUAAUACACGUUGGUCGUUGGGUCGUUGGGGCUGGUGGGGCUGGGGUGGAUCCGAGACACAGGUGCUCUGCGACAUUAUCGCCGACGAGGUAGAGUAUGAUAUUCUUGGACGAGCAUUGUGUGGUCUACCCAACGUACCAUACUUUAUCCGUAACUUUAUGCGUAACAAGUUGAUGACGUUGAUUGACGGUAUUAUAUCGUCAGCUGUCAGUCCAGCCUGGAUCGCAAUGGACAAGACAGUUGGAGAGGUACGUCCACAGGCUGAACCCAAGAUCAAAGACCAAAUCGAGCCCAUUGCCAAGUUGCAACACGAGAUGCUUGUCAAGAUGAAGGAUUCGGUGAUGGGUGUCCUCGAACCAGCUCUUCGCGAACACGUCACCCCACAUCUUGCCAAGAUUGUCGGCAAGGAGGUGCAAGACCCCAUCGAAGGUGGGUUUGGCAAGGCACUCACCAUCUGGGACGACAAGGUAUCCGAGUACAAGGGCGAAGGUAACGACAAGAGCUUCGCCGAGUUGCGUCGUUAUCCACACUACUACUGGCCCAUGGAACCUGCCCAAAAGCAUAUCUGGGGUAUGUACGAUUUCCUCACUACUCUCUACAAUGUGUUCCCCGAUUUUUGGGCAUCCACCAUUACCUAUCACAUUCGUGGAAAGAUCGUCACCAUCUCGGACAAUGCAUGCUACACUUUUGAAAAGGAUGUCAAAGAGAAUGGCGCCUCACUCGAUCUUGCCGCUAGCAAGACACGUACACAAGAAAAACUAUUCCACGAUGCCAAUAUCCAACAACGUCGUCAAAUCCACUACGUCGUACGUUCGGUCAUCAAACCAACUUUAAUGAAGAUUGUCAAUCCCCUUGUCAAGCCAAUUCUCUCUACUCUCCAAGCUGUCAUUCCUCAAUCAAUGACCGACUUUUUCGAUAUGGACGAUAUGUUUAACCAAAUUGUCGAUGGUGUCUUGGCAGAUGCUACCGAUGCUGCAAUGGGUGUUGAACACAUUCAUGUUAAUCAACAACAAGAAUAA